AUGUUUAGGUGGAGCAAGAAGAAGAAGGCUGUAGCUGGCUCGGAGGCUGAUUCUAUACCUAAUCAGGUGACACAGCGUUUUACCGUCAACCUCCCGACUGGCCAGAAGACAGUACUGAGGGUCAGCCCGCUGACCAUCCUGGGUGAUGCUGUGAUUUCUGCCUGUAAGGAAAAAGGUCUGGAACUGGAGCUGGACAGAUAUGUCCUUCAGUUGCCUAAGAAACCCGGGAUACCCAUCGAUCCCAGGGCGACCAUACUGCAGGCCGGAGUACAGGAGAUUAAUUUAGUGUCUCGUGAAAAUGCAGACAGACACUAUGCCAUGUCAAUGCCAGAUUUAUCAAAAAUGCCUCCUUCUGCCAACGAUCCGCAUUCAUUUGGGCAACUCAAUGGCCAACCCAAAAAGAAGAGAGGCUUUUUAUCUUUUCUUCAAAAGAAGGAUAAAAAAUUCAAAACC